GAAAGUAUAUAGGUUCUGGAACCAUCACAACCUCCUUUCAUCUAUACUCUUAUCUACUAGUGGCUAGUGCAGAAUGGUUCCUCUUACAUUCUUCGCCAUCUUAUUCUCGAUGUUCUUUGUACCAUGUCUUACACUCGAUCAUUUACACGACGGCUACCACAUCCAUGAAUCAUGUCGCUAUAAUCGGGAUAUCGUCCAAGCUAUUGAAGAAGCAAUCAAAAUGGCGAAUACGGCUUUCAACCGUCUAGAUACGUUGAUAGAUCGUCCUUAUCAAGUACCACCUGGGGCGGCCGCAUAUAUGCAACAACUGCUUCGGUAUACAUUUGGUAUUCAUUCCGUACCUGGCCGUACCAACAACCUUGAGAUCUAUUAUCUGAGCGAAGUGCGCAAUACUAUGGGAUCAGUUGCUUAUCUAGAAAGGAAUCAUGAUCUAGAAAGUAGUAGAGUGCGCUUCUAUUGCGACGAUGAUACCCGCUGGACAAGCGUACCUCAGACAGUAGCAGGCAAGUGGGACAUAUUUGGCCAAGCGGUGCCAAUGCACCUUCCGUUCGACCGCGAGCAAGGAUUGGAUGGUGGUGAGCCGUGGCGCUGGCUAGAUCGUCCUCCUCCCUGUCGUCAACCGGCCUUACGAGAACUAUCGUAUAUUAGGCAAGCUUCGCACUCCCAGCCUGCCGAUAUAGUAUUAUGCCAUUACUAUAUUAUGAAUAAUGUGGUUAGAUCUAUCGAAUCUCUCAGACGCGUGUAUGGAAAUUUCAUGCCUUUAAGUCUUUCUUCAACUGCGUCUUCCAGCCGCAUCUCUCUAUCAACGAUGACUAGUCUAAGAGUCCUUAAACACUUGGUAGAAGUACAGAAACCUCAAGGAGUAUAUGAUAAUCAUAAUGAUCGAAUGGAUGUAGAUUAUGUACCAUUGAGCAGGAAUGACUAUACAUGGAGCGAAGUUGUAUUACGCGAAUACCCUGCUGACGAAGGGCAUACGAGAUUGACAUUAAAGCGUUCAGCAAACUAUGCAUACUUCGGCUUACUUGUUUACCUAGCAGACAAUGCAAUCACGCUAUAUCCAGAUCAUGAGAAAAUUAUAGCUGGGAAGUUAAUCAUACCUACUAGAUCCGGAUAGAGGCUUUAUAUAUCAGGCUUAGAUAGUAUCGCGAUCUUCUUAGCUGAUAUUAGUUAAGGCGAUUGAUUCUUCCUCAUAGACUAUACUAGCUGUUUUCUUAACGUCUAAGGAAACUUAUAGCCAUGAGUAACAUUUUUAAACGAAUUUAUUAGGACAAGAUUAGUCUUUUGGAUAUAGGGGUGCCGCUGAAGAUGCUCUAUAUAUCUUUCGUUCAUUAUUGACGCGAAUGUUCAUAACUUUUCCCGUUCUAUUUGGGUGCCUACAUGGAAGGCCUAGAUAGUCGCUGUGGACCCUGGGAUGAACCCGUCGUUUUCCUAACUCUUGGCGAGCGUGGCACUAGUGCACGCGUGUUCUCAC